AUGUAUUCAUGGUCUACACAGGUGGUGAGCAGUCGUGGCGUACAAAGAACGGGUAAAAUAAGACAUACCCUCUCCAGUGACUUCAUUUCUAAGGAAAGUUUACCAGAAUGGAAUGAAAAGCUGAUCUUUGAAGAAAAACCGAACAUUGGAAAAUUGAACAUUACCGUUACUCCAGAUGAAAACAAUAACUACGCUCCUGAAAUACGUAUUUUAGUGUACUACUUUCGUUCUGAUGGAGAAGUCGUAGCUGGAAGUCAGAAAUUUAUAGUUGAAACUUGUCAAAGAAACGAGGUCCUUCUCCAUGUUGAAAGGGAACAACAAAGACCAGGUGGUGAGACCACAAUGAAGAUACAGGCGGCCGAAGGUUCAACAUGUGGACUAACUUUUGUAGAUAAAAGUGUACAUCUCCUACGUGGUAGCAAAACUCUCACCCCUGAUUUGGUAAAGUUUCAAAAUAAAGUCACUAAAAUGAUAUCUUAA